AUGGAGCCCAGGAAGUCGAAUUAUCUUGUCGCCCUCGUCUUGGCGUCGCUCUUGCUCUCCGCCAUGGCAGGAGGGCAUAGGAAGAAGCUUCUGAACAAAGAUGAGGCAUCAGAAUCAAUGGAGACAUCGUCGGAAUCCAUGCAGCAGCUGCAGGAAGACGACGAAAUGGCGGUGGUGGUCCACGAGAGAAUUCUCAAGCAGGUGAAGAUGAACGACUACGGGAGAUACGACCCUUCACCGACCAUGGCUAAGCCUCACUUCAAGGACAUACCCAACUAG